AUUAUGGCUGAAAUUAUGUAAAGGCCACAUUGAUAAAUACACAUGAUGGCAUUGUCUGAAUCCAAAAUACCACCCGACGCCCAGCAUUAUUUGGUGUGUGGCUCUAAAGACUGUGAGAAGAACUGCCAGUUUUACUGCAAUGACUGUCACCAACCAAUGUGUGAACAAUGCAGAGAUGAACAUCAGAAGAAUAAGAAAACCAAGAUCCAUGAAGUAGCCUCUUACCGUGAACGCAAACGACAAAUUCCUGUUGAGAAAUGCAAGAUCCAUCCAACAAAAGAAAUAGAUCUUCUCUGUGAAGUAUGUCGGAUUCCAAUCUGUUCUAAAUGUACAGGCACUAAAGAACACCGUGGCCAUGUGUUUACCGAUCUAGAAAUGGUUUUCAAUGAAAAAGUUACACUUUUUCACAAAGAAAUUGCUAAAAUACAAGACUAUUUAAAUCCUACAUCUCAAGAUUUGAAAACGGAAAUUGCUAGAGAUGUCACAGCAAUAAAGGAGAUCAUGGAAGACAUAAGAGCAUCUAUGAGGGCUGAAGCUGAUGCUGUGAAAAAAGUGGUUGAUGCAGUCAUGUCAGAAAAUAUAGAACAAGUCGACAAAACAGAGCAGUCAUUGUUACAAACAUUAAAUGAACAAGGCCUAGAAAUAGAUGACUACAGCAAUUAUCUCAAUAGUUUAAUCAAAACACUUUAUAGUUACCUUUCUCCUUCAAACAUUCAACAAUUAUCAUUUGCUCUUAAAUUAGAAAACUUGUUUAUACGACCCAUACCAGAGACAUCCGAAACAGUUCCACCUGUAUUUAGCGCUGGUCAAUACAGCAAGGAAGAUGUUGCCAAACUACUGGGUAAAAUGACUUUUUCCAUCACUAAAGCAAAAGGAAGAAAAAUAGAAUUCAUGGAAAAGGUUCAUUCAAAAUUGAAACCAAUAAGGGAACAUUCAUAUAGGAAACACGAAAGAGAGAAAUGUGACGUGAAACAGACACUGUUUCAGUGUUUAAGUGUCACGAAAAUCAGAGAGUGGACAGUGCUAGGUGUUCAAAAUGCCUUACAUAUAUCACUAGAUAAAUCCUUUAGACUCUGGGUCAGUGAUAGUAGAGGUAGUCUUGUCCGAACAGAUCUAAACAGGAAUCAGUAUUUGAGAAUACGAAGCAGUGGUGGAUGUGAAGGUUAUCACACAAUAACACCGGAUGGGGAACUAUUAUAUACAGACAGAGACAAAAACGUCAUCAAAAGGGUAACAGAACAUAAUGAAAUCAAUGAAUUUAUUAACACAGGAGACUUGGAAGCGCUCAGCGUACACUACUCCAAAAUAAAUGGGGACAUCCUUGUGGGGUUAAGAAAGGUUCGAAAAGGGAAGGUCAUCAGAUACAACAAGACAGGAAAGGAAAUACAGAACAUACAGAUAGACAAGAAAAGACAAAAACUCUAUGAUAUACCUCACUAUAUCACAGAAAACAUGAAUGGUAAUAUCUGUGUGUCAGACUAUGGCAAAGAAGCUGUAGUGGUGGUGGAUAAAUUAGGACAACACAGGUUCUCCUAUACAGGUCAAAUGUCAGGGUUUGGUCCCUAUGGCAUUAGUACUGAUGUUCUUGGGCACAUUCUGGUUUGUGAUAGUGUCAGUAAUACAAUUCAUCUUCUGGAUCAGGACGGUCAAUUCUUGUCUCAACUACUCACAGAAGAACAAAGGAUAGAGCAUCCCCGCAGUGUAUGUGUUGAUAACGAAAACAAUCUCUGGGUGGGACAACUCACAAAUACAGUGACAGUGUACAAGUUUACACAGUGAUCAAUGCGUAUGUUGUUUAUGUAUUGCCAUAUGCAUCUGGUUUGCAAUACUGUAAAAGUGGUUAUUUAAGCUGGUGGUUAAGUUAUCGUUUUCUAUGACCAAACAAUACGCGUGGGUAUUAAAUACCCGGAUACGUGAUUUACCACUCUAAAUUGUUUAAUGUUUUACCAUACGCGCGGGGGUAUUUUACGCGGUUUUUCAGCUUACCGCGUAACUAGUGUAAAUUUCCCCCACGCGUAAAUAACCACUUUUACAGUAUUGGAAAUACAACAAAAUUCAAAUUUAAACAAAGAGUAAUCAGAAUGAAAAAAUUAACCCUUAUUUAAAGACAAGUUUUCAACCUCCACUACUGUUAUCAGUCUGCCUGCGAAGAAAUUGAAGCUGUGCUUGAAUGUUUCAAUCUAAAUGUUAUUUAUUCAUGCAACAUUCAACAUUUCCUUGUUUUGAUCACAACCCAAAAGUUGGCAAAUCAGAAACUUGAAAUUGUUUACAACGGGAAGCUGGGUUCUCUUUUUUAAUAAUCAACAAGUAUUAUUACAUAUCAAAUUAAACAUGGAAUACCAGUAAAAAUCAGUAUCUAAAUCGAAACAAGGGUGUGGACACCGUACCAAACAGCAUCCACUUAUGAAAUAUUCCUCAUCAAUUUACUAAGUGCCUCGGAUUAUAACAUUAGGCAUAAGCUAUAUCCUUAAUAACACCAAUUCUUUUUUUUAAGAAAUUCAAACAGCCAAACAUUAUCAAAUCCCUUGGCGAAAAUGUCUAACAUAAUGGGUAAUAAA